AUGAAUGCAAACAAUCAGAGCAUCAACUUCAAGGAUCUUGAAAGUAGGAUGGCUGCUAUAACUAAGCCUCAAGGUGCUUUACCUAGUAACACUCAGCAGAAUCCGAAGCAGAAUCAAGGGUCGAAUAAUGGUCAGAAGUACACUCCACCCCCAGUUCGUCAGGAGCAAGCAAACGCCGUUACAACCAGAACAAGUAGAACCUAUGACCCUCCUCCUAAUCCUAAUGUUAUUGUUUCAGAUGUGCAAGAUACAGGUGAUCAUGAUGAAGUUGAUGAAGAAAUUGAGAUGGAAGAUAGUUCGACUGUGAAGACUCCGGUUACUCCACCGAAACCGGCUGUGAUACCCGAGGCUAAGCCAUACAAGCCUAAGGGAAUGCCAAAUUAUGCAAAGUUUAUCAAAGAACUUGUGACGGAUAAAGGAAAGAUAGAUGAGGUGAAGGCCGCUUAUCUUAAUGCUGAGUGUUCUGCUAUCUUGCAGAACAAACAGAUUCCACCUAAGCUUGAGGAUCCAGGGAGUUUCCUUAUCACUUGUUCUAUUCGUUCUUUAACUUGUAAGGCACUUUCCGAUUUAGGUGCUAGCAUUAACUUGAUGCCUUACUCGGUUUGGAGUAAGUUGGCUUCCGGAAUUUUGAGACCUACCCGUAUGAGUAUAAGAUUAGCUGACCAUUCUUUUCAGUAUCCCAUUGGGAUUACUGAAAACAUGACUGUACAGGUAGGGCAUAUUGUGUUUCUUGUUGAUUUUGUGAUCCUCGAAAUGGAGGAAGAUACUAAGGUACCCCAAAUUUUAGGUAGGCCAUUCCUUAAUACCACGGAUGCUAUCAUUCGGGUGAAAGAUAAGGAGAUUUAUUUGGGUGUGGGUACGGAUAGGAUUGUUUUCAAUGUUGAAAGAUCUAUUAAGCAUUCUUACUCUACUGAUGAGUCUUGUUUCAGGAUAGAUGUCAUUGAUGAUGCUUUGGAUCAGGAAUUUGAGGAAUUCAUGGAGACUGAGGUUGAUGAAGAGCUCACUUGCUUAGGAGCUGGAGAUAUAGAUGAUGAUGAGUUGUUUGUAGAGGUUAUGGUACUAAGUUUGGAUGAGACACCUCUAGAAGAUGAGAGCUUUGAAAGAGUUGUUGCUGAUGGAAGCUAA